AUGGCCAGUGGCAUCAACCGAUUCCUCUCCAAACGAGACGGAAAGCGCAAUCGGGGAGCCAACGGUGACCAACACCAUCACCACCACUUGCCUCACCAUCCUCAUUCUCAUCCCCUCGCCAAAAAGCCAUUCUCGACCUCCAGCCCCGAACUCGCCCUGAAAGCGAGCGACCCAACCUCGGCUGCUGAUUUCUAUGGCCUGUUUGACGCCCAUGUCCCCCCAGCCACCCUGGCGGAGGAGCCCAAGAUCAAGACGUUGCGCCAUCGAAUCCUCAACUCCAAAGGGGUGCUGUUGAGGGAUGCCCAAAUCCUGUGGGCGCUUCGCUCGAUCGCCGCCAGUGGAGAUGUCGAUGCCGCAUACGGACUCCUGCUUGCCAUGUCCGAUGCCUCGGAAGGCAUCGUCACGCCGUAUGACCCUAGAACGAAGCUCCUGGGUGCACAGAACCGGCAGGGAGUGACGUGUUUCCUCGAUGCGACGUUGUUUUCCAUGUUCUCUCGACUCGACAGCUUUGAAGCCAUGCUCUAUAACUCGUUCAACGACGUAGCACGCAAUAAGCUGGCGUUCCUUUUACGCCUUUGGGUUAACCUGCUCCGGUCUGGGAAGCUGAUUACAACAGACAUCACAAAAGUGAUGCAAGAUACUCUGGCCGAAUGCGGUUGGCUGGAAGCUGCCGAGCUGCAUCAGCAAGAUGCAUCGGAAGCCUUCUCCUUCAUCACGGGCAAGCUCGAGCUGCCUUUGAUGACAUUGAAAAUGGACAUCUACCACACCGGCAAAGAAGACACCAACGACGAUCAUAAAUUCAUCAACGAACGACUCCUCGAAGUGGCCAUCCCUCCGGACCCCACGGGCGAAAGGUCCGUGAUUACACUGGAAGAAUGUCUCGAAGACUACUUCAACAAUCGAAUUGAGGUCCGAAGAUACUUGGAGCGACGGUCGACAAUAAAUUCCAUGCGCAAGGCGAGUGUGGUGCACGUUGAGACCGUCGAGUUGGAUGGUGACCAAUCACCGAUCACUCCCCUCUCUCCGUCGCCGAGUUUCGCAGCUCCUACCAGACCGGGAGCAAACCGUAACCGCACUCCAAGUAUUAUCCAGGAGCGCUACAUACCCCCUCGGAAUGAAAGCGGAUAUUCAUCGUUGGCUCCAAUCGACUCCAAGGAGUCUGCCCCCAUGUCGCGCGUCGGAAGCGUCCGGAAGGAGGUUAUGAUGCCUGCGUGGCAAUUCUUCAGCCUGAUUCCCUGGUAUACCGAUAACGCGCCUACGAAUGACGCCCAAGUCGCUGCUCACUUCUCGUCGAAACGGCCCGUCCUCGGACUUUGCCUCAAGAGGUACUCGUUCACAGCCGAUGGCAGAGCGAUUCGGUUGGACACAAAGGUGGAUAUCCCAGUCGAGAUUGGAGUGCCUCACUUUAUUCAGGAUGAUCGUAUGGAAGACGCCGGAGGCCUGCACGGCAACUUCAAACUCUCCCUACAGUCCGUUGUCUGCCACCGAGGCAACUCCGUCGAUUCCGGGCAUUACGUUGCCCUUGUACGAGGCUCUUCUCCACCGUGGUCUUCUGAUGGCCAACUUCCAGAUACAACCAAUACCUGGAUGAGGUUCGAUGACCUUGCACCACAGCGUAUCACCGUUGUCGACAUUGAGAAGGCGCUCAGAGAGGAAACCCCCUACUUGCUCUUCUACCAAAUCCUUCCCAUCCAGGGCGACCCGGGGAGUAUAGCGGCAGGAGAAGAGCCCCUGGCCUCAGUCUCGGAACGCAACCUGUCCGUCAGCGAAGUCUCGAGUGAGUCUGCUUUGACCGAUAAUCAGCCUCCGUCUGGUCGCCCCAGUUUCGAGAUCACACACAUAGAAGAACCCAGGGGCCGAUCGCCGACAGAAACCAGGAGAACGAGUGUCAUUUCCUUCCAGGAGCGACCUCCCGAAUACUCAAAUGGAGCAUCCUUGGCUGUGCCAAACAGUGGUGAUCCGCCCAGCACGCCCCGACCCAAAUCACUGUCACGGACACAGAGCAAAACAAGUGAAAGCGGUAGCCUCAGUCGAACGUUGUCCAAGUUCAAGAGGAAAAGCCGAGAAGUCUUGCCCAUGGAAAAUCAAAACCUGGCCGAGGUUCACGUUACAGAAAUCGCCGAGCGCAGUACGCCAGCCACGCAAGACGGUCAGACGCAUGCACCGCAGCCAGGUUUGCAAAGUGCUCCCAAACCAAAUAUUCUUCAGUUCCAGCAUCAACCACCUAGAGGUCACAAAAGCGAAAAGAGUCGCAGUCGAAUAUCAAGGAGUAAGAUUCGAGGCGAGAAGCCGGAUAGAGAGUGCGUUGUUAUGUGA